AAAUCUGGUCGCCAAAAUGGGGAUGAUGAAAGAGCUACAAACAGCAACGGUCGAAAUUUUCGCCCACGGGGAAAACACUUCGUCCCUCAAAGCCGAAAGGCCCGAGCAAACCGGGUUCCCACGGAACGAAAAAACCUCGCAAGCGAAAAGCACUCCCAGAAACCACGAAGACAGGAACCAGACGACAUCGCCCCAGAGGCCCCUUCGGAGCCUCGGACUCAAACGCGGCGCACAACUAUUAAGUCUUCUAACCACCCCGGUCACUCACCUUUCGGCUUCUCACCCUCGGAGGAAGCAGAGGCAGUGUUGAAAUGCUUGUACACAAACUGCCUCAGCCUUUUCAACAAACUCGGCGAUGUUAGACAGUCAGCUUGCCUUGAAAAACCGUCCAUAAUCGCACUCACAGAGACCUGGCUCACACCAGAUGUCUCCGACGCGGAGAUCUCGAUAGACGGUUACUUUAUUUUUCGAGCUGACUCAAAACGAGGGAGGGCUGGUGGGGUUGCUCUGUACUUACAUGCGGCCCUACCAAUCCCGAUUGUCCUCGCUGACACCACCCCUGCACCCUUCUGCGAUGCACUGUGGGUCCAAAUCCCGCUGCGCGGGUCCGAUUCUCUCCUUCUCGGUGUGGUCUACCGUAGCCCUUCGAGUCCCCCUGAGGAUGACCAAUUCCUCACACAAACCCUUGAGCAACUCUCCUCCAAAUACCAUUUCACUCAUCUCCUGCUGUCGUUCAACAGAGCGCUUGAACUCAACAUGUCGAUAGACCCACCAGAUACCGCUCAGGCCAACUACCAUCCCUUCUGGAUUUGGUCAUCACCAACGAAAGACACUUCGCUGAUCAGCGUUUAUGAGACUCCUACGCAUUUCUACUUGGUCGGCUCGGAUUUGGCUGAGGAACAAUUUCGUGUGCUGAAAAUUGCUCGUGCCCCGGUGCCUCUUGUCGCUUUGGAAUCCGAUACAACAGCCACCAUUGAAGCUGAAUCGUUGUUCGACCGCCUAUGGCGCUUGAGUAUAACUACCGAUACGCACAUCUAUACGAAAUCGGAUGUUGCUCGGCUUCUGCAUAUCAUCCAGGCAGCCAGUCGCCGUCCGCAAACCGGUUUCAAGAGAGAUGACCUGCGUUCUGUGGAAGCUGGAUCUGGCAAGUGGCCCCGACUAGGUGGACUUUUCCGUCGAAAACCACCGAGUACCAGUCCGACCAUCGUUGAUCCUAGUGCUUCUAAAAUUACCGCCAUCGAUCCGUCUUCCUUAUCGUCUACUCAUAACCCUCGAGAAAUGCAACAGUCGGUUGCUUCCGGGCUCAUCUCAGGUACCGCCGAGCGUUCCCUGUUCUUGUCCACCAAAUGUCACGGCAUUGCUGGUGUCAUCCGGUUUUUACGCGGUUAUUACUUGAUUUUGAUUACCAAAUGCCGUAUUGUCGCCCAAAUGGGAGAACAUAAAAUAUUUAAGAUAUACUUUGCUGACAUUGCUAGCCUAUUAUCCUUUCUCACCAAGGUUGAAGACACUUCGCUCAUCUACAUCCCCGGAAAUGACUUCGUUUCUGACGCCAGCUCCUCACACACUGCUUCUUCAACGGCCAGGAGUAGAACAGCUUCUGUUAUAUCUCAAGAUGAUUUGAGCAACUUGUCAUCGGUAUCCCCCCUUGAAAGUUCUCGGCGUUUCUUACAACAAUACAAUCAGGCGACCAAUUCAAAUCGCCUGAUGACCGAUGAAAUGCGAUACUUGAAGUUAUUCAACAGCGUCGACUUGGCGGACAACUUUUACUUCAGUCACACUUACGACUUAUCGCAUGCACUUCAGUACAACCUGAAGCCGGUUUUCAAUGAUCAAACACCUGGAUCUGGUGCUGACGUCUGGGCUGUGAAGCCAAUGCCAAACGAUCGAUUUGUGUGGAACUGGCGCCUUAUUCCCCCACGUUUCCGUCCAGAUCACUCUAGUCAAGAAGAUCUUCAGCCUGACUGGUUCACUUUGCUUUACCACGGAACUGUCAGCCAAGCUGCUCUGGCGGCCUGUGGAACGCCGUUGUAUAUUACUCUAAUUGGCCGCCGCAGUCGACACUUUGCGGGACCCCGUUUCCUGAAACGUGGUUCUAAUCUGGUCGGUGAUGUGGCUAAUGAGGUGGAGACUGAGCAGAUUGUGACUGAUACAUCGCAUGCACUGCUGCGCAACAGUCGUUGCUCAUCCUACGUUCAGCUCCGCGGUUCUGUUCCGUUGUUCUGGUCACAAGAGCCAACCAAGUUGGGAAUGGGUCGACCCCCCAUUGAACUUUUGCGUGAAGAUCCAUACUUUGAGGCCUUUGGAGCUCAUUUUGCAAACUUGUUGGAACGUCAUGGCUCGCCUAUCGUGGUAUUCAACCUGAUGAAGAGACGAGAAAAGCGGAAAUUCGAACAUUCUUUAUCCGAAGGUUUUGAACGUGGCCUAGCCUAUUUGUCACAGGGUAGAAUUCAAACUCGAUUAUCUCCAAAUUGGAAUGUUCCACCAUCUUAUAAUGCGAAUCCUAAACGUCAGUUCUCUCCCCUGCCCACCAUACAGUUCCUUCCAUCCCGUGUGCCACUAAUCACCAGUACGACCGCGAGUUCUGCGCAAACUGGUACGGAACAGGCCAAUCCACCCAUUCUCUACAUCGCAUUCGACAUUGCUCGUGUGCAAAAACAUAAAUCUCUCGUGGCAUUGGAAGAGCUGCGCCCUGUGGUUGAGUCGUGUGUGAAACGAACCGGAAUAUUUCUAAGCUCAUCUGGGCACCGUUGGGCGGAAAGCGGGAAAUCUUCCGAGCUGAGGCAAGCUGUAAACACAUACCUUCGUUGUGUAGAUACCAAUAAUCGUCAGUGCGGAUUAAUACGAGUAAAUUGCGUCGAUUGCCUGGACCGAACCAACACAGCCCAAUUUGUGAUUGGACGGGUUGUGCUUGCUCAUCAACUCUACAUGCUUGGGUUUCUCACUGAACCUGUGAUUGAGGCCGAUUCAAAAAUAGAAGUUUUACUUCAGAAUCUAUAUGAUGAGCAUGGUGACAUCUUGGCGCUGCAAUACGGAGGCAGUCAAUUGGUUCACAACAUCGAUACGUACAAGAAGACACGCCGACUCACCAGCCAAUCACGGGACUUUGUACAAACACUGUCGCGCUACUAUGCCAACAAAUUCUCCGACUGGGACAAACAGUGUGCAACAAAUCUGUUCCUGCGUAUUUAUCGCCCAAUUGCCUGGACUGGUACCCUUUUCCAGCUGGCGUGUGAACAGCUGUAUCAUAUGUGCGCGGUUCGUGCGCAUGAAAACGGUCAAUCUGGUGGUAUUUCCACUAGUAAUUCAACGUUCGAUCCGAAUGCCGAUGCCAUAUUCACUGCACUUGCUGCGGCCUCCGGUGGUCCCAUCUGGGAUGUGACAAGUGACAGUCACAUGCAUUGGUUAGAUGCUCUGAGUCGUCUGCCGGUCAACCAACGUCCUCUCACCGACUGGUGUCCUCGUCAACUGCUGGAAAGUCUACCACAGGGGUUGGAAUGGACAAAGAAGUCGGAGCGACUGCAAGCGCGGGUGUUAAGACUUAACCCGAAUGAUAAGAGAGUUGAUUGGUUUUCCGAGCGCUACCAGCCUCAGACGUACGAAUGUAUAAACAAAGCUAUGGAAACGCAUGUACGCUGGAUAGAACUUCUGGUGCACCCACCCAACCCAGACACUGUUUCUUCGGAUGAUAUGGGCUUGGCGGACCAUGAUGAACAAGGUUAUAUCCAUUACGUCAAGCAUCACUCUGUAACAUCCGAUCACUCCACUCCUGGGUCGCCAUUUUCCCACGUUCGUGGCACCAGAUCUGUGCCAAACCUAGGGAAAUGGUACAAGACUGAUCGUCAUCCAGUCGGCCGAAGAACAUCGCUUCAUCCAACUUUCGAAGAGGAUGAAGAAGACUUGACAGAAAUAGUCGCCUCUCCCUCCCCAGUACCUCGUGCCCAAAAACCAACUGAUGAUCGCAAAACAAAACAAACCGUAGAAAAGGUUGUGGAUGACGAGGAAACUAGCUCAGAUAGCGAUUCUGCGGACUCUACAUGCAGCUUCUUAAAGGUAUUCCCUCCAAUGAUAGGGUUUACGCACGCUGCUCAUCCUUCAGAAGCGCCUCGGGGUGCGAUGACGCCAAGUCGUCGCAGUGCCAGCCAUACCCGAGCAUCGUCGUCAAUUGUGCUUGAUAGCUACAUCACAGCCCUCAGAAGCUGGUCUCCUCUGUCCUCUCACUUCGACCCAAAUGCAGCAAAUGCUUAUGUGAAGCCAGUCGACAUUGUCGGUUAUCAACGUUAUGUGGAAUUUCAAUGUUCUACUCCUGUGCUAAGUGGUGUCAACCCAGUCUCCACCAUCCUGGUACCUCCCAGUGAGGCGUCGAUGGAAACCUAUCGGAACCAAGUGAAAUUGCUGGAAGGUCGAAUGUGUUCUGUUCCAGCUAAUUCUAUGGCAAUCUAUCGUGCGAGCGCCAUGGUUGCUGAUGCCCUGCACUGUUAAACCAUACCACGUGCACCUUGCCGUGCUCUUUCGAUCACGUGUCUUUCAUCCUCCUAUUUGUUUGUGGAUGUCUUUCUAGCGUUGAUCAUCGACCACCGCCGUGAACUGCCCGGCCGAGCGGUGUCAGGUGACUUCGACAAUUGCACCUCCAUUCCAUUUGAUAUUUCCUAUAACUAUUCUUGCCCUGUGGUUUGAUUCGCCACCUAUCAGUGCCAUUUUUGUUUUCGACUAUAUCUUUUGAUCCAGCGAUGUAUUCUAAUACAUUAAAUUGUUUGGGAUGUUCCUCCAAAAACUGAGAAACUGAAAAAGAAUAUCAC